AUGCGUGAAGAAGGUGAUAAACUUAAUUCUGUUCUAGAAACAAAGCUCAGCGAUCUCGAUGAAUAUUCGUUAGGCCAUGUGUUUAUGUUUCUUACGGUUGCGGAUCUGGAUCGUUGCAUUUUAGUGUGCAAAAAAUUCCAGUACAUUAUCCAACGAUUCAUUUUCCCGAAGAAAUGCCUGUCUUCUCUCGUGACUGGAUCGGAAGGAGGAGCAAGCUUAAGUCUUUAUGCCUUCACGCAUCGCAAGCGAGUUAGAUUAAACGAAAAUUGGCGCAUUGGACGUUACGAGGAACGGACUUAUUUCAAUCACAACGUGAUGUACAUCUCCCAAAUGCUAGUCGAAAGGGAAUGGCUAUACAUGACACACGGAGGACGUUUGCAGGCACACCGAAGAACCAAAAAUCAAUACAUGAUCGAUACUAAGAUUCAAUGGAUGGUUGGCAACGCAGGGGAUUCAGAUUUCACGGCGCUCGUAAAACAAGGAGAUCGUUUCUUUGGCGGUAGAAUGGAUGGAAAACUAGUUAUAUACGAUCAUGACACACGACAGCUUUAUGUGCAACCCCUUGCAGAUUCUAUGAUUAAAGCGGUAGAUUUUGAUGGAAAUGUGUAUGCAGUUACAACGAAAGACCAAUCGACGUACAUAUUGCACUGUUCUUUGUUAGAUCGAGAUCUGUUGAAUAACUAUGAGCAUGAGUUGUUGCAGCUUUCACAGGUUUAUUUUCAAGCGUAUGAAACGAUUAAAUUAAACAAUAAUCGUUUGGCAGCCGGAAAAUUCCAUUGCAGCAAAAAACAAGCAUUACAAUUACUAGAUUUGUACAGCAGUGCGACAAUACAAUUAAAUUCAUCUUCGAUGGCUGUGUAUGAUGUGCUAUGGAAAGACGAGCAUUGUAUUCUCUCGGGAAACUUUGAUACUACCAUGCGGCUUGUUGAUACGCGUACCGGAAACGAUGAAGCCUGUUGGACAGAUCCGUAUGAUGCAUCAGUGUACUGUUUGAGCUACAAUGGUACUCAUGCUGUAUGCUGUGGAAUGAAAUACCAUUAUCGAGUAAAUUUAUACGAUUUGCGUGUACCAAAGCGUUGCGUACAAAUGUAUUUUCCGUCAAAAAAACAUAAUAACUAUUCUCCAGUGUAUAGUAUAGCAACAGAUUAUAGCCAACUGUUCCUUGUUACAGAUCGUAAUUUACGAAUACUUAAUUUCGAUGCAGAUUGGGCUGUAGUAAAAGACUAUGCUUCGAUGUGA